AAAAGCCACAGGUAUCAGUUAAAGGCAGGAAAUACAACGUACGCGUCGCCACCUGUUUUGCGGAAGAGAACCUCGGAUCGAGGUGCAAACGACGCCGCUUCAAUUUCGACGUGCUCGACCUUAAGUGCUUCGAUAAUCCAAUAUUCUCUCCACAGACAACCCCUAUAUAUUGGCAUUAUCACCCGCGGCCAACGCUUUCCAGUUUUUUCUCAAAAAGAAAAACGGUUGCUGUUUCUCUUUUCCUCCGGCUAGUUGCCGAAAAACGAAGAUCGAAGUUCCCUGUUUUUCUAGAGAGAGCAAGCUAUGGGAAAUCCGUGUGAUACGCAGAUGAAGUUGGUUGCCGGUGCUGCCGGUUACGUGCUCGAAGAUGUUCCUCAUUUGACUGAUUACCUUCCUGAUCUCCCCAGCUAUCCCAAUCCAUUACAAGAUAAUCCAGCUUAUUCAGUAGUCAAGCAGUAUUUUGUUAACGAAGAUGACACCGUCACUCAGAAGAUUGUUGUUCACAAAGACAGUCCAAGAGGGGUGCAUUUUCGUCGUGCAGGACCUCGUCAAAGGGUGUAUUUUGAAUCAGACGAAGUGCAUGCAUGCAUAGUAACAUGUGGUGGUCUAUGCCCUGGGCUCAACACAGUGAUCAGGGAAAUUGUCUGUGGCCUCUAUCACAUGUAUGGUGUCAGAAAAAUUCUUGGAAUCGAUGGAGGAUACAGGGGUUUUUAUGCCAAGAACACUGUCACCUUAACACCUAAGUUUGUUAAUGAUAUCCAUAAACGUGGUGGUACAAUCCUUGGGACAUCAAGAGGAGGUCAUGAUACCUCAAAGAUUGUUGAUAGCAUUCAGGAUCGUGGAAUCAAUCAGGUUUAUAUAAUUGGAGGUGAUGGAACUCAAAGAGGAGCAGCAGUCAUUUUUGAGGAAAUUAGACGACGUAGCCUCAAAGUAGCAGUUGCUGGAAUUCCCAAAACCAUUGACAAUGACAUUCCGGUUAUUGACAAAUCAUUUGGUUUUGAUACUGCGGUUGAGGAGGCUCAACGUGCCAUUAAUGCGGCACAUGUUGAAGCUGGAAGUAUUGAGAAUGGCAUUGGACUUGUAAAGCUAAUGGGACGCUACAGUGGUUUCAUUACGAUGUAUGCUACUCUUGCCAGCCGUGAUGUUGAUUGUUGCUUGAUUCCAGAGUCACCAUUCUAUCUUGAAGGAAGGGGUGGUCUUUAUGAAUUUAUUGAAAAAAGGCUCAAAGAAAAUGGACAUAUGGUUAUUGUUAUAGCUGAAGGAGCAGGACAGGAUCUUCUUUCAGAGAGCUUGCAGUCCAUGGGCCAACAAGAUGCUUCAGGAAACAAGCUUCUUCAAGAUGUCGGGCUGUGGAUCUCUCAUAGGAUAAAGGAACAUUUUUCAAAGAAGAAGAUGCCCAUUAAUCUUAAAUAUAUAGAUCCUACAUACAUGAUCCGGGCUAUUCCUAGCAUUGCUUCUGAUAAUGUCUACUGCACCCUACUUGCUCAUAGUGCAGUUCAUGGAGCAAUGGCAGGGUAUACAGGCUUCACUGUUGGUCCUGUCAAUGGGAGACAUGCUUACAUUCCAUUUAAUCGAAUCAUUGAGAAACAGAACAAGGUUGUCAUUACUGACAGGAUGUGGGCGAGGCUGCUUUCUUCAACAAACCAGCCAAGCUUCUUGAACCCCAGAGAUAUUUCUGAAGCCAAGAAAGAGGAUCAACCUGCAACUGGCUUGUUGGAUGGGGAAAAUUGUAAAGACAGAAAAUCAAUGACUGAAGACGAUCCUUGUAUAUCAUGAAAGGUGCAUCAAAUACUGUCAUGUUCAUCACCAUCUUUAUAGUCGGUCAAAUUGCCACUCAUAUUUAACGCUCUGCAUUCCCUAAAUAUUUGGUUACAGUGAAGAAGGUCUUACAGCAACUUUUGAAAUUGAGUAGUUAUUUCUGCUGUUGUAUGAAUUACUUAUAGUUAGAUAUUUUGGUGCUGGUUCUUUAACAUUCAGAAGUUAAUAGUUGUUUACAUGGUCUUACAUGGAAACGUCUCUGAUCAGCUUAUCUA